CCAUAAGUUUCCAAUUAGUAAUUUAACAGCUGCAGUGUCUAAAUACAUGCGUGGUCUUAGUAAAUCUGUUUGGCUGUGCUGUUAUUCUGAGGAAAUGAAACUGUUACUUUGGAUAAGUUUAAUGCAUAUUUUAUAUGCUACAAGAUGUAAUUGUCAGUUACAGCCUUUAUAUCUGACUGACUACAAAAUUGACAUAUUUUCUGAAAAUACAGUUCUAUCUACAGUCAUCUGGCUGAAGCCGGCUUACUGCCUGUAUGAGAAUUGGAUGUUACAGGCUUUAAAUCCAUCAGUGGCUGUGAGGAAGACUUCACUAAUAGAGAUUCAGAUCAAAGUUGCAGGGUACAAUGACUCCUACAUUGUCCCAGACCAGUUCAGCGUGCCACAGUGUAUGUCAGUGUUUGGGGAACCUUCGCUAACAGCGGACUAUGUGUAUCAGGUGGGACCAAACAUACAAAAUCUGAAUGGUAGCCAAAUUCGAAAAAUUCUCCCAGGGACUACUUAUACGAUACGUUAUGUAUUGUAUAAUGCUGAUGGAAUACAAGUUGCUUACACCAACUGGUCACAACCCAUAAAGACACGUGGGUCAGGGAUGAAGAAGUUUUUCGGAGCCCACAAGUUGCUUGCGUUGUUUCUUGGUAUGGCUGGGGUACUUGCUUGUCUGUUCAUUCUUGUCUACUGUAUCUACAUCCGGCAACAUAAGGAGGACAUGUUUUCCCACCACAGACUCUAUGGUGAAGGCUUUGAGGACCCAGUGCUACAUCUGGACACUCCAGUGGAUCACCUUGACUUCUUCUCCUUUAGAGAUACAGAGUUUACUCCAGCUUCGACCCCGCAGCACCAGUGUCAGAAAUUGGAAAGUUAUGAAUCCAAUGGAGACUAUAGGGUGGAUGCUCCAAAGGGCACUUCAUCCAAUGAACACCUGCAGCAGAUCAUCCAGAUGGGGCCAAUUAAGUUCUCCUAGUCUGAGCUCUUCACUGUCUCUGGACUUGGUGGUUGUGUAUGAAAUUGACUUAAUUGACAAAAGCUCAUAAAUUUAUGCCGUUCUACAAUGCAGUUCUAAAGAAUAAGCAACAUUUUGAUUGUUACAGUUUGUAUGUAGUAGUUUACAGAACUCAACGUUAAUAUAGCAUACUGUACUUCCUAACAUGACCCAUUCUAGGAGGGACAAAAUGCUCUUUUCCUGGACUUCCUUGUUAAUGUAUUAUUGCUGUCGCCAACAUUUUACCCUCCAACAUUUUACACAUAAAAAUCGGUACAAAUUAGAAAAGGGGGCAUAGCCACACCUUUUCCUAUACUUUCAAUGGAAGUUUGGAGAGCCAAAAAUCGCUACAGACCAUAAAAAAAAAGGUACUGUACCUGCUAAAAAGGUACAGCUGGAGGCUAUGCAUCACCUGUGUUAAGCUAGUUAGUUUAUAAGAAAGGUGUUUCAACACAAGUGAUGGCAAUCAUAAAUCAUAAAUUAAGAGGCUUGUGCCAUCCUGGAGAACAAGUAAUGUAACCAAAGUUCAGGAUGUAUAUGUUCAACAUUUAACAAUUAAACAUUAACAGAAUGUC